UAUAUGAGGCAGCAAGGAGCGAGGCAGAAUAAUGGCAGGGAAAAAAAUACUUUUGCAUAUGAAUGCAGGAAAUGGAGAAUGCAGUUAUGCCAGCAGCUCCACUCUUCAAGUAUGAAACUUGUUUGGAAUUGAGACUGUAAUUAUUGCUAUACGAACUCAUCAAUACUCUAUUUCCAGAGAAAGAUAAUACAAGAGGCAAUGCCUGUUUUAGAAGAUGCCAUCAAGAAGAUUGGUGAAAAAUCAUGUCUUAAUAUGGCAGACUUGGGUUGCUCUUCAGGACCAAACACACUCUUCACAAUAUCAAAUAUCAUAAAGAUUGUACAAAUAUUAUGCGACGAAAAGAGAUGCAAAAUGCCAGAGUUUCAAGUUUAUUUGAAUGAUCUCCCUGAUAAUGACUUCAACAACAUUUUCAAAUCGAUUCCAUCCUUCUAUCAAAACCACACAAAUUGUUUCGUAUCAGGCGUUCCAGGUUCCUUUUAUGAGCGGCUCUUUCCUAGCAAUAGCUUGCACUUGGUUCACUCAUCUUAUAGUCUUCAUUGGCUCUCUCAGGCUCCUGAAAAUUACAUGGAGAACAAUAACAACAUAUACAUAACAAGGACAAGUCCUCCUCAUGUAGUUGAAGCAUACAUGAAGCAAUUUGACAAGGAUUUCUCAAGAUUUCUGCAAUUACGCUCCGAGGAAAUAGUAAGUGGUGGACGUAUGGUUUUAACAUUUAUGGGAAGCACCAUUCCUGAUCCCUAUGGAAGUCACUAUGCCUUACUGGAACUUCUAUCAAACUCACUCAUUGAUUUAAUACAUGAGGGACUUGUUGAACAGGCAAAACUAGACUCCUUUAGUCUUCCUUUUUACGCACCAAACAAGGAUGAAGUUGAAAAAAUUGUUGAAAUGGAAGGUUCAUUUGUUGUGGAUACCAUUAACUUUUUCAAAGUGAAAUGGGAUGAGAGGGACAAUGAUGAUGAUCAUAUUUGUUUCGAUGCGUAUAGCAGUGGUAAACAUAUAGCAAGAAAUACUAGAGCUGUAUUUGAACAAAUGCUUGUUAGCCAUUUCCAAUUUGGAGAUUCGGUUGUUGAUUAUUUGUUUGAGAGAUAUGCCUACCAUUUGACUUGUAAUUUGUUGGUUCAAAAAGGCAACUACUUCAACAUUGUCAUAUCUUUAACAAAGAAAUGACAACAAGAUGCUGCACUUGCAAAUACACUAAUAAGCACCUCCCAGUCGGAGUGAUAGUUUCUUGUUAUUCAAUAACUAGUUACCGGUUGCACGUGGGCCCCAUGCUAAGUUACAUGAAGUUGUUGUAACAAUGUGUGCGUAUACAUAUAUAUAUAUAUAUAUAUAUAUAAAUAAAAUUUCUCUUAUCAUACAUAGAUAAUACUUUUGCAAGAGAAAAAGAGGA